AUGCAGUUCUGGCUUCGACUCACACUUGUGUUUUGCUUCGUGGUUCUCCUUAUCGCUGACAAUCAAAAUCUGGAGAAAAGACCUGCCCAUCUCUCCAGAUACGGCAGAACAGUCUUGUCCCGAUAUGGGAAGCGGUCCGUCAUCGGCCCUAAUAAUGAAUUACUGUUGUGUCGAAGUGUAAAUGGCGAAUUCAUGUGCAUACCAUACGAUGACAGGGAAGGAAGUGACUAG